AUGUCAAAAAGAGAAAUACUAUUAGAUCUCUUGUUGAAUUCAAGAAUCAAUGAGAGUCACCAGCAUCAACAACAACAAGAUAUUGCUAUUAAUACUUCAGAUGUUAAUGAAAUUUAUUUAAAUCGAUUACAAAAAGAUAUUGAACGCGUUAAACAAUUUAAUAAACAAGCUGAUCUNAUUAAAAUCAAUGAGAGUCACCAGCAUCAACAACAACAAGAUAUUGCUAUUAAUACUUCAGAUGUUAAUGAAAUUUAUUUAAAUCGAUUACAAAAAGAUAUUGAACGCGUUAAACAAUUUAAUAAACAAGCUGAUCUCAUAAUUAAUAAUUUAAAUAAGUAUCAGAUUGAUUGUCCAAUUGAAAAGAGAUUAAUAGCUUUGAAUGAAUCAUAUGAAAAGAUUCCUUAUUUAACUGAUAAGAAUGAUACUAUUGGUAUUGUAUCUACUAUUAAUAUUUUGGAUGAUUUACAACAACAAUAUCAAUUAGAAUUAAAUGAACUAAAACUGAUAGAUUCUUUGGAUUUAUUAAUUAAAGAAUAUAAACAACUUCUUGAUGUUAUUAAUAAGAACAAACAAACUAAACAACAGAUAAUUGAACAAUUAAAAGACAAACAGCACCAGUUAGGUUACCAAUCUAAUGAUAAUAAUACUACUGAGAUUGUAUCUCAAUUAAAUCAACUGAUUAAAGUUAAAGAAUUAAUUUCAUUAAAUUUAAAAAGAAUAAUUGUUAAAUAUUUAACAAUAUCGGGAACAUCCAAUCCUUUAACUUCUAUUGAUAAACAAUUAAUUACUCAACUUACAAUUGAAUGGUCAAAUAUAAUUGAACAAUUAUUAAUUAAAGAAUCAGAAUGGAUUUUAAUUAAUAAUAUCAUGAAUUAUUCACAAACUAAAUUUAUGAUUGAUAAUUUAAUAACAAAUGAUGUUUUAUUAAUUAAACAAAUUAAUGGUAAAACUUUUAUUAAAUUAAGAGGAUUUUAA